UUGGUCUGCGCCGACGCCAGAUGAAUGGGGUGACAUAGCGGAACAGUUCAGGCCCGAGCCUAUGAGCGGCAGCCGAGCUCCUCGGCUUGAACAUCAUCUGAUGGGGAGGUCGGGGGCUGGGCUAGCGUGGGCUCCCUGAGAUGAGCUAAAGUUCACUUUUACCUACCGGCACAGUUCAAGAGGCAAGUUAGUCGACCGGCUCAUUUCUUCUCUGCUUAAAGGGCUGGGCAUCCGAUCUCUCCGCACCCUGCAAGGCUGAAAGGUACUCACUUCAACACGCGAAGACUUGCUCCUGGGUCGAAAAUGGAGGCCAUUAAUCAUGCCACCAGUGUCUAUAUAGAUUCCUGGAUGGGACCAAGAGAUCCCAGGGUUAGAGGGUGGUUUCUUCUUGAUAACUAUCCCCCUACCUUUCUGCUUACACUCAUGUACCUCGUCAUUGUUUGGAUAGGACCGAAAUACAUGAACAACAGACAACCCUUUUCUUGCAGGGGUAUUCUUGUCAUCUAUAACCUGGGUCUGACGCUGCUGUCUUUUUACAUGUUCUAUGAGCUUGUCAUGGGAGUGUGGCAAGGAGGGUACAAUUUCUUCUGCCAGGACACACACAGUGCCGGGGAGGCUGACUCAAAGAUUGUACACGUCCUGUGGUGGUACUACUUCUCCAAACUUAUUGAGUUCAUGGACACAUUUUUCUUCAUUUUACGCAAGAACAACCACCAGAUUACAGUUCUGCACGUCUACCAUCACGCCAGCAUGCUGAACAUCUGGUGGUUUGUCAUGAACUGGGUGCCUUGCGGACAUUCAUAUUUUGGAGCAACUCUCAACAGCUUCAUUCACGUCUUAAUGUACUCCUACUAUGGGCUUUCCGCCAUCCCAGCAAUGCGCCCCUAUCUGUGGUGGAAGAAGUACAUUACUCAGGGCCAGCUGAUUCAGUUUGUGUUAACUAUGUUCCAAACUGUGUGCGCUGUCAUUUGGCCAUGUGGGUUCCCCAUGGGAUGGCUGUAUUUCCAGAUAUGUUACAUGAUUACACUGAUCGUUCUUUUCUCCAACUUCUACAUACAGACCUACAAUAAGAAAGGAGCUUCCCGGAGGAAAGAGCACCAGAAUGGUUCUGCUGUGUCCAUGAAUGGACACUCGAAUGGAGUCUCAGGAGUCUCGUCAGAGACGGUGAAACACAGAAAACACAGAGGGGAUUGACGUGGUGUCCCCUGCCCUACAGAAAUCUCACAAUCUGAAAACUAGCACUCGUAGAGGUACCGUUGCUAGGAACAGGAUUUUAAAUUGUAUUUUAAAUUUCUAGAUUGCCCUAUUAUAUCCAUUUAGAUAAAGAACCAAAGCCAUUCUAAUGCUAAGGAAUUGUAGACUGUUUGCACAUUACAGCCUGUUUAUUAUUCAUAUUGAAUCAAGCCCAUUACGGUUAAGGGAGCAGUAUGUGGAUGUUUAUACAUACUGUAUAUAUUGUGCCCUUUUUAUUUAGUUAAAAAAAGAAACUAGACAGGUUCAUUCUCUAAAAAACUACAUCUCUCUGGCUCACUUCAUGUUUUAUGUGCUAACCUCCAAAAGGUUUCAAAAUCAUGUUGAAAUGUCAAAUACAAUUCUUGCCCAACCUAGACCACUAAGUAAGUGUUCUUGGUGGAAAAUAGUCAUGUUUAUCACCUGCUGCACAUUGGAUAAGGUACAGUAUGCAGUACGGAGUAUACUUUAACCAGCUAAAGAAAAGUAGAUGCUAUAUAAACAGUAGUUUGAAUAAUGUGGAAAUGCAGCCAUGUCAAAAGUAGUCCAAUAUGAAAGGAAUGACAGUAGAAUAGCACAUAUCAUUAUUCACUCUCCUUGUAGGGGCCUCUGCUGUGUUAUUGUGGAAUCCUUUGUAAUACACUUUACCUGUACAUACUGUACCAGUAUCAUACUGUAUACAUACUUUAUUGUGCAGUAUAGUAUAGUGCUACCAUUUAAAGGUUAAAGUUACUUCUGCUAUUGAUAUCACGUUUCUAAUUAAUGUCUGUGGAAUCUUAUGUACAUCUUAGAGGACAUAUUGAGUGGGGCUUUUCAGAAUACGGUGAAUUGAUAAGGGUCUGGAGUUGUAGGAACGUAAUUUAGUCAAAUUGCUUGUUUUGGCAAAGUUUGGCAAAGUUCAAGCCAGGAUUGACCAGCUCAUGAAAAAUUUACUCUCCAAUCUAUCUUAAAUGUUAAUAACUCUUAAUUUUAAUUUGGCCAGGUCUCUUAUUUAUUUUAGGGAAAGACGGUUGUAAAUUAUUUGUUUAACACUAGAAAGCUGUUUUUAACCUCUGAGAGUGUUUACAGUAUGUAAGAUGGAAAAUAACUGUAUACAUUGGUGAAGAAUGAAUAAAUGAAGUUAGCUAUGUUUUUUAGCAUGUAGUUUUUCUAUUAAUAACUUGAUAAAUGUCAAGUUGCACCUGCUAUAAAAAGUUUCUAAAUACUCAUGGCAUGUUGUUGAAAAUAGGUGAGCACAGAGAAAGAUCUCAAGUGUAACUAAUAAUUGUAUUGUGCAUUAUUGACUUCAGCUGUUUGUACUCAGGAGAGCAGUGGUCUUCAACUCAGUUGUUCAGUGUCCUUACUAAUAUACAGUAUAUCAAGUGGUGGCAAUUGGGCUCACAGCAAAUACAGUGUUGUGGAGGGCUAAGCUGAAUAUAAUUUUACACAUUUUUCUUUGGCCUUAAAGAUGCUGUAGCUUAAGGAGGCACUGGUUUACAGCUGCACUUUAUUCUAAGAAUCGUAGAAAUCUUGGAAAGGAGUGAUGUUAGAUGAGAAAGUAUGGUGUACUCUUAAACACAUUUGCACAUGUGUUCCUUAAGAUUCUUGAUGCUGUUAAAGUCCCCAUUAACUGUCCCGUUUUAAAGGCCUUGGUUAAGUCCAGGACAUUUUUUUGUUUUGAUCAAUAUUGAAUGUACAGUGGGCGGCAAACAUGAAAACAGAACAAAAACACUAAACCUCACUCUAUUCUUUUCACUGUUUAGGACAGCAGCACUAUCUAAGCCAUAUAUCUGGAACUGUAGCCACAGGAGAUCUAAGAACAAAUUAAUGAGCCAGCAUUCUCUCCCACAUGUCAAAUUCCUCAGAAUCUUUAUAUUCUAAUCAUGUCCCUUGUUGCCAUGAACAUUUUCAAAUCCUUCAGUGCAAACACAUAUGGAAGUGGUGAAACAGGGAUGUCCAUUUAUUCCCCAAUUAUGACAUGAGACACACAGGUGGAAGCACUUCAAAAACUAGAUUUUGGUUUGAAAUCUGCUUAUUUUCAUGAAAAACAAUCUUCAUUAAACUGAGUUUUGUUUUCUGGUGUUGUGAUGUUUGAAGGCAAAUGUUGCUCCCCCUAAAGUAUAUUAAUCGUCUUACUGUUCAUCACUUCCAGGCUGAGGAAGAACCAGGUUUUCCACAGUAGAGUGGGGGUCCCAGUCCUGACCUGACACCUGCUGGUUUUCUUCCCAGAUAUGCUCUCAGUUCCAUAAUUGAAUCUUUAAUUGACUUCAUAAACAACUCAUGUGAACUGUUGGACUGUUUUCGGUUCUUAAAGCAGAUUGGAGGUUGCCUUUAACUAUUAUAUUUAAAAGGAAGAUAAAAUGCCUAAGUUUGGAGUGCAAAACAUUGCAAAUAUUCCAGUCAGGCAAACUGUUAGUGAACUGGUCUGGAAAUAAAUCCAGCAGGGGUGUGGGGCUUCAGGACCAGGACUGGAAACACCUGUCACGUCACAAUGAAUGACCUUGAUUUGAGACUGUACACGAAGUAUUGCCUUAAUAGUGAAUUACCUGGUAGGUGCUGCUUCUUCAUGUUCUCAAAGUUUUUGUUUAGUAAAACUCCUAAGAUUGUUUUCGUUGCUGUCAAAGCAUUCUACUGUAACACAGAUUUAACAGUGUUUUUGUCCAUUGUAAUACACUUAUGCCUUAAAGAUUAAUCGCAGGGGUCAGCGAGUGAAGAAUGCAAAAUAAAAACUCUAAAGCCUGUGUAGAGAGGCGAGAGCCAUUACAUCAACAACUUGGCAUCAAGUAGAGUUGAUUGACGGCUUCAUUGUUCAUUUUCAUAAAACUGUAAAUCAGCCCUUGCAGAAUAGCCAAUGCUAUAGUCUUGACAUGCACUGUUAGUUUUCAUUGGAUAAACUUGAUAUCUUACUGUGAUCAUGGAAAAUCAGUGCAUCUGAAAUGUUAAAUCCUCAAUCAUGCUGAAAAGUAAUAAAAAGCAUAUAGUUCCCUGGAUGUGGAUGUAUAACGUGAUGUGGUAGUGAAACAUCUUUGCUUAGAGGAAGAAGAUCCUGGGAUUUAAAUGGAGCCAGAUUAGUGAUAACCACCUAACAGUACUGCAAUGGAAGGAAAUACUGAUGUAAUGUAACUGUAAUGUCAUUGAAUUUCAAUAAAUAAAAGGUGUUAAUGUCACACUAAAAAUUG